CUACAUACCGUGGUAUUCUCUGGAAAUCGGCAGCGUAACAUCGUCGUUCAGAUAGCGCAUUACCUUGAGAACAAGCGGACCUUCCGCUCUCGUCUUGAAGGCCCGAAAAAUGCUCCAUCCAACCAUUCCUUUUAAAAUUCUCAUUUAUUGGUUACCUAACAGGCCUACCUAUAUGUAAAGGCAAUAACAAAGUGCCGAUUGGUUGCUGUGUUCUAAGCCCGCUUUGGGGAGAAAAAAACAACAGCGUUCAUGCUCGAGGAGCUGGGGAGGGUCCGAGGCACAUGGCGAAUAUAUGCCAUCAAUCCGAGACCUAGCCUGAGAUUUAGUCAAAGGGCCCUGGCUCAAGUCCACCAUAUCGGACAACGAUGUCACCACGGAUCGAUAUCACGAGCGUUAUACCACCUCAUGUUGUGGUUCGCUUAUGCCCGCGGCCCUUCAGGAUCCCACGAAUCGUGACGCGUGACGAGAUGAAGCUCCUCUUCGCCCAAGUCCCUGACUAGCUUUGGCGGUUAUCCAAGCUUCUCACCGACGAGCUUGGGAGCCACGACUCCUGAUGGACGGCUAUAAAUGCGCCCGACGUGACUCCAGAGAAAGGUCUUUAAUACGUAUACUACGUGAACAGCGAUUGAACAUGAUUUCACGACUUGCUCUAGGCCUUGUGGCCACCGGUUCCCUUGUCGCCGCUGGGCCUUGCGACAUCUACUCCUCUGGCGGCACGCCCUGUAUCGCGGCACACAGCACAACUCGUGCUCUAUACAACUCCUACUCGGGCUCGCUCUACCAAGUAAAACGCGGCUCUGACGGUGCCACCACUAACAUCGCGCCGUUGUCCGCCGGCGGUGUUGCCAAUGCUGCUACUCAGGACUCCUUCUGCGCCGGCACGACAUGCCUCAUUACAAUCAUCUAUGACCAGUCUGGCCGCGGUAACCAUCUCACACAAGCUCCACCCGGCGGCUUCAAAGGCCCUGAGGCGAAUGGUUACGACAACCUGGCCAGCGCGACUGGCGCUCCAGUGACGCUGAAUGGCCGGAAAGCAUAUGGUGUCUUCGUAUCGCCAGGCACGGGCUACCGAAAUAACGCUCCCAGCGGCACAGCUAAAGGAGAUCAGCCGCAGGGCAUGUAUGCCAUAUUCGAUGGGACUCAUUAUAAUUCCGGGUGUUGUUUCGACUACGGCAACGCGGAGACUAACAGUCUCGAUACUGGCAACGGGCAUAUGGAAGCUCUCUACUUCGGUACCAACACCGUCUGGGGCAGCGGUGCUGGCUCGGGUCCUUGGGUCAUGGCCGACCUUGAGAACGGCCUGUUCUCCGGGCGCGGCUCUAAAAACAAUGCUGGGGAUCCAACGGUCAAUUACCGAUUCCUCACUGCAGUUCUCAAGGGCGGGCCAAACCAAUGGGCCCUCCGCGGCGGCAAUGCCGCAUCUGGCUCGCUGUCGACGUAUUACAGCGGAGCGCGCCCCACGGCAUCAGGGUACAACCCGAUGAGCAAAGAGGGUGCCAUAAUCCUCGGCAUCGGAGGAGACAACAGUGUUGGCGCUCAGGGCACGUUCUACGAGGGAGUCAUGACCUCUGGCUAUCCGUCUGACGCCACCGAGAACGCGGUACAGGCCGACAUUGUAGCCGCAAAAUACGCUACCACAUCGUUGACCAGCGGCACUGCGCUCACAGUCGGUUCCUCGGUGUCGCUGCGAGUCACCACAUCUGGCUACGAUACACGCUACCUCGCACACACCGGCGCUACCAUCAACACUCAGGUUGCCUCGUCAUCCAACAGACAGCAGGCGAGCUGGGUAGUUCGCGCCGGCCUCGGCAACAGCGCUUGCUACUCGUUCGAGUCCAAGGACACCCCAGGUAGCUUCAUACGGCACUACGACUUCGCACUCCGGCUGGCCGCCAACGACAACAGCAAGCAGUUCAAGGAGGAUGCCACAUUCUGCACCCACGCCGGUCUCAGCGGCCAAGGUAGCACUAUCCAAGCCUGGGGUUAUCCCACGCGUUUCUUCCGCCACUACAACAACGUUGCGUACAUUGCGAGCAACGGCGGCGUCAACACAUUCGACUCCGCAACUUCCUUCAACGCUGACGUGACCUGGGUGGUCGGCGCCAGCCUCGCUUGAGUCCCGAGCUGUAUCUCGCGCCUGCUUAAUUUGUUUCCUCUCUUCGUAUGUAGGCUAGAAUCUGAAAAUACGUGAAGAAUGACACUCCAUAUGUCCGUCGUGCCGCCACAUCCUGUAUCGACUGUCGAAGUAAGAGAUGGCCUCCGACAGAAUAUGGCGGGCAAAGGAAGCUUUGCAACUAUAUUAGAUGCUAGAUUUGACGGCUUGACGGAGAACCUUUAGGCUUGUAUGUGAUAUAAUGCUGUUUAUAUGAUAUCAAACUACAAACAUGUAAAGCCUAAUGUUCGCAGCUUCUUUAAACGUUCUACUACUUGUUUUGUUGAACUACCUUUGACGCCAUCUCCUUCCCGUGUUUCCCGGCCUUCAAUCGUGCCGUCAUGACCACAUUAGAUUACGACCCCAGUUGUAUUUUAUUCUUUUCAGUCUCUUCUUCAUCCCAAUUCAGUUCCAAAUACCGGCUAGGUUCUCAAUGAUUAUCUAAAAAAAACAAUUGUUCUCUGCUGUUGAAUAUCUUGAGUAUCUCUUUAUUGUCUUGAAAAUCCCGGAACUGUCGCUAUAUCAACCCCAGAACAAAGCUCUGUUCAAGAGGGUCAAAGCAACC